UCUUUCCCCACAAGGAAAGGACAGGCAAGCCGGCUCAGCCAAUGUGAUUCUCGCAAAGGCUUGGCUGGGGAGUGGGGUUUCUUGUUGUUUGGGGGGUGGGAGAGGAAGGGAAGCCAGUCUCUUUCCUCCUCUGCAGGCAGGAGCACAGGGGCUGGAGCUGAGGAUCCAGAGAGAGGGAAGCCGAUCUGGUGACAAGGGACUGAGCCACCCACCCGGCCCCCUGGUCCCGAAGGGCAGCCCCUCCCCAAGCCAAGAUGUCCCAGCUGUCUGUCAAGGAACAUCUGGAUGGGAUUCUCUCUGACUUUGAAGCCCUGAAGAGGUCGUUCGAUAUGGAAGAUGCCGAAGAUGUCCCAGCGUUCUCUCCUUCCUCCCCACCCCAUUCCCCCCUCGGUCCCAGCCUGCCCGGCAUCAUCCUUGCUGCCGGCAACGGAGAAGGGAGGCGAGCGGGUGGCCCCAUCCAGCCCAGCUACCAGUCCCUCAUCAGCCUGAGCUCCGAUCCCAGUCCAGCUCAAAGCCCCGUCCUGAAGACCCGGAUCGGCAGCAGCCUCUCCUUCAACCGAGGCACGGUCCAUUUGGCUCGGGCCAACGGAAGCCACCUCACCCGGGUCUCCUCGUUCCAAACCCGCCUGAACCCCAAUGGGUUCUCCUCGUCCUUGGGGCCAGGAAGUGACAACGAAAGCCUCCACAGCUCUUCUUCCAGUUUGGAGUGCCCAACGCCGAUCAAGGGCCUCCCAAAUACCACCCCGCCACCCGAAUCCCCCGGCAUCGGGGUCACCCAGCUCCCCAGUCCCAUGCUGAAGAAGUUCUUCUCACAUGGCAACGUCUUCCACUCUGAGGCAGACCGGCCUGCCCAGCAGGUCUCCAAGGAAACCCCCAACCGUGGCUCGUUGCCAGCACUGGACCUACACAUUGCCGAAGACCCGGGGGCCAGCCACACCCUCUGCCCGACCCAAAGCUCUGGUGCUGCCGCCACGCAGAGCCCUUGCGACCAAAACUGCAUUGCCCCCCUGCCAAAGGCUGGCAUGGCCAAGACAAAGGAUUCCUCUGUCCCGCUCUUGGAGUUCAGCCAGUUGACGCACGUGACCCCUCCUGCCCUGGCCACCAGGCAGACAGUGAAGCUGCAGAAGUUCCCCAUCAGCUUGGAUGGCUUGAUUGAGAAGAUGACACCAGAGUCGGCACCCAGGCCUCUGCCGAGGGCACAGAUCCACGUCAACCUCAGUGCGAGUCCUGGCUCGUCCCGGCAAUGCGCCGAGAUAACGAAGGAGGAUAGAGUUGUAGUCGUAGGCUGUGGUUUCCCGUCACCCUCUUCAGGAAGGUUUCCAGGAACGGCAAGUUCAGCAUCUCCUCCUCCGGAAACUUCCUUUCCACUCAUCCCUUCUCCUCAGAUAGGGCAAGUUGCUUGCCAGCCAGCCUUUCUAGGGGCCACACCGAUCUGGCCCACCCAAGGGACCCCCGUAACGGCUGGCCCAAGAGAACACGGCAGCCCCACAGCCAAGGGGAUCGACUCCAGCCCCAGCCGAGAGGCAUCCCGACCUCGGACUACAGCACCCGCUUCUGGUGCAAAGGAAGAUCCCCUCACACUGGCAAGCAGAUCUCUGGAGGCCUUUUCCGAGAAGAAGGAAUCGCAAGGGAAGGCUUCGUGGAAGGAAGAAGGCAGCCCGGAGCCUUUGUGGAUUAGCAUGGAAGACGAGCCAGCUCGGGGGCCACCGCCCCUGAAUGCCCCUGCACCUGUAACCGGGGAUCGGGAGCUGUUUGGCUAUGUGGGAAUCGAGGCAGUGCUGGACCAGAUGCGGAUCAAGACCAUGAAGACUGGCUUUGAAUUCAACAUCAUGGUCGUAGGACAGAGCGGCCUCGGCAAGUCCACCAUGGUGAACACGCUCUUCAAAUCCAAGGUGAGCCGGAAGUCCUCCUGCCCAGGCUAUGAGGAACGCAUUCCGAAGACGGUGCAGCUCCUCUCCGUGACCCACGUCAUCGAAGAGAAGGGUGUGAAGAUGAAGCUGACCGUGACCGACACACCAGGAUUCGGGGAUCAGAUUAACAAUCAAAACUGCUGGGAGCCAAUUCUUGAGUACAUCAACGACCAAUACGAGCGCUACUUACGAGAAGAGAUCCUCAUCAACCGCAAGAGGAAAAUCCCUGACACUCGUGUCCAUGCCUGCGUGUAUUUCGUGCCACCCACAGGUCACUGGCUGCGUCCCUUGGACUUGGAGUUCAUGAGGCGGCUGAACAAGAUCACCAAUGUGGUACCUGUCAUUGCCAAAGCAGACACCCUGACCCUAGAGGAGCGGGCAGAGUUCAAACAAAGGAUCCAGAAGGAUUUGAAGGCCCACGGCAUCCACGUUUACCCCCAGGAGGAUUUCGACAACGACGCCGAUGACAGGCUUUUGAACGACAAGAUACGGGAGAAAAUCCCUUUUGCUGUGGUGGGAGCAGACAAGGAGCAUCAAGUGAACGGGAAGAAAGUCUUGGGCCGCAAGACCAAGUGGGGGAUCAUUGAAGUGGAGAACCCGGCCCAUUGCGAGUUUCCCUUGCUGCGGGACCUCUUAAUCCGGUCUCACCUCCAGGACCUCAAAGACAUCACCCACAACGUGCAUUACGAGCAGUACCGCGUGUACCGCCUCCACGAGAGCAACCCGCCAGCCAAGGGGGGUGAGCAGUUGAGCUCGGUCAAUGGGGAGCCAGAAAGCCACCUUUGAACUGCGGGGGCCACGCUGCCUCUCUUCCCGCUCCGCAGUCUCGUGUCCCUGCCCCUGCCCCAUGGACUUACUCUUUUCUCCCCCUAAGCAGAAUGGCUAUAAGACAUUCCCUCUGCCCACCCCCACCCCCCCGUCCCCCACCCCUUCAGAGCAUAUGUAGCCUCUGACUUUGAAAUAAGUUCUGGACGCCUUCCCUUCCGCCGGUCUUCCUUACAAUUAGAUGCCUCGGGUCAGAGGGACCCUUGAAGGACGGGACUGUGCAUCCAUCAGCUCCCCUGGGCAUCUCACCUGAUCCGUUUGCCUGGUCUCUGGUUCCUUCAGGAAGAUCCCCUUCCUGUACCCACAUCUGGGGACAAUCAGCCUGGCCCGUACUCGUCCAGCUUUGCCACGUCAUCCGUCAGCAGUUCCUACCCUAGCCCCCGACACCGUACCACCAUCUCAUCCUCGCCUUCCCUCUUGCUGAGUGCCGGAGGUUGUCCGACGGCCCCCUUUAUGCUCACUGUUCAUUGGCGAACACACAAGAACGGCUGAAGGGUCUGUGCGGUAUGAUGCCCAAAAUCAUCCCCAGAAAAAAAAAUUGGACCGCCUGGCGACCGUUUCCCAGUCCUGUUUGUACCACGGGGACAAUUUCCUCGGCCUCCGACGCUCUUCCAGGACUUGGACCACUUCUUUGGACUUCUUCUCUCCGUGACUCGUAAGGAUUUGGGAGCAGGGGUGGAUCGGCGGAGCCUCCUGCAUGGAGACGGCCGCAGCCAAACUGUCAACACCAGCCGCUUGCUGACCGGAGACCCUCUGUUCGCCUCGCAUCCUGCCGAGGAGUAGGGGGGUUCCUCAACCCUGACCCCUUGCCGAUGCAGCAUGGGAGGACAGCCUGAGAAUUCCUGCUGUGUUCCCGUUGCUGUCGGGCAGAUUCUCCAUCUUCACUUCACACAUUAAAGGGUGACUUAGAGGUU